GGUCCCGCGCGUCCCCCUCCGGGCCGGGGGCGCCGGCGGGAUGGCGGAAUUCCCGGCCAAAGUCAGCACCCGCACCAGCACCUCCGCCGGGGCGCCGGCCUCGUCCGGCCCCGCCUUGGACCUGGCGUUCCUCCGGUCCCCCUUCGGGAUCCUGAUGAUCGUGGAGAUCGUGCUGGGUUGCUUGGUGUGGGCCCUUAUUGCUGACACGUACUACCAACCCUACCCUUCCUACGGCUGGGUGAUGUUUGUAGCUAUCUUCUUCUGGAUGGUGACCGUCAUACUUUUUGGGAUGUACCUGUUUCAGCUUCAGUUGAAACUCUACAUGAUCCCUUGGCCUAUUGUGCUUGUGGUGUUCAAUGUCUCAGCAGCCAUCUUGUACGCAACAGCCUUCGUAACCAGCGCUGCAUCAGUUGAACCGUACUCCUGGCCGCAUUCCCCAGACUACAACAGGAGGGCCUCGGCGUCGUUCUUCGCCUGCCUGGUGAUGAUAGGCUACGGGGUCAGUUCCUGCCUCAGCAUCCGAGCCUGGAGGGGCUAUGGAAGCAACACGGCCACCAGCCAAGUGACCGUCUCCAAUCACGCCUAAAAAAACUGUGCGUCCUUCUGAAUCAACAGGGGCCAAGCUGGCUGGCUUACAGGCGACGGCAGCGGCCGCUGCGGCUUUCCCCCCUUCCCUUCCAGACGUGGCACGGCCUGGAAGGGGUGCCCGUCCCAGCUUCAGUAGGGCUGAUCUGAUCGAUCCCAGGGCUCCCCUCC